AUGGUGUACGCUGGCGGCCUCGUGGAGGUACCGCGGACAGCGGACGUGUCUGGAAAUGCGGUGGGCGCCCGGGUGCCCCCGUCUUGCUUGGCGAAGUGUUGCUUUCCCUCUUGUGCCAUAUCUGGGUACGAGACGGGUGAUCCCCUGGAUGGUUGCUGUCAGGGCAAGGCGUGCUGCGCUCUGAUCCUUGAGGCGGCUGGCGGAUUAUGUUGUUUAGGCUGCCUUGUGAGCCUUCUCUGUUGGCGGCCAGACCCGGCCAACAUCAAGGGCGACGGCACGCAGCGCACGAUGAACAACAAGUGCCUGGCAGGCUGCUGCCUCGGCUACUUUGCCAUCGCGUUCUGGGAGAGCGGGGACUUUUGCUGCACGCCGGACGGCAGGUGCACCUGGAUCGACGGGGACACGUUCAUGGGGUGCAUCCUGCACUGGGUCCCCUACCUCCUCGGCUUUGGCCCGCUGGACUCGUGCUACGUUUGUUGCUGCUGGGUGCAGCAGGGCAUGGCGUGGGCGGCCCAGCCGGCCGUGGUGGGCCAGCCCGUCGCCGCCCAGCGGCCCGUGGUGGCCGGCGCCGUGGUCGCUCCCAGCAGCAACAGCACCCCCUCCGGGUACGAGAUGCCCAAGUGA